GUUCAAGAGAGCAGCAAGCAAGAUGGCGCUCGAGAUCGUGGCCGUGCAGGACAAGUGGGCUGAGCUGCUCCCGCCCAAGAUCCCGUUGCGCUACGCCUUCUUCCGGUACCUAGGCUUCUGCAUUAAGAAGCUUGGCGUGGGAGGGCACACGUCGACGGGCGCGCAAAAGCUGGGUCUGCGUGCAGCAAUUUGGUUCCGCGUCAGCAGCAGCAAGGGCCUCAUCCUCGAACAGUGUGUUCGAAGCGCCUUUAGCGACGGGACCUACUAUGUGCAAGACCUGGCCUUCCAGGACGAAGGUCUUCACACGUUCACUGUGUCCGUUGAGGCGCCGACGCUGGCUCCAAUUGCACCGCUUGUAUUGACCAUGAGCAUCCACCACUUUAUGCGAAUCGAAGACGAGCCAAUGCUUUUGAAAGGACCGUAUGCACCACUGCGUCGGCUUGUGAACCCGCGGCUGUGCACAGACCCGCCACAAGCCCUCGAUGGUUCCGAUGAUGGCAUCGUGCGCGAACUCAAGACGAUCAAGCAUGGUCUCCGCGCCUGUGACGCCAAGAUACAUGUGGUCAAUUGCGCACAUCUGACGACGGAGAUGUACUAG